AUGAGUGGAAGUAUCCUUGUACCUGCAUCCUCAAAAGAUGUUGUCAGACAGCUGUCAAGAGAGCUUUUCCAGUUCAGCCUUGACUCCAAAAAACUCUUGGAUAUUACAUGUUCCAGCUUGUCUGUGACCCAGGAGGAGGCAGAGCAACUGCUCCAGGCUCUGCAUCGCCUCACUAGACUGGUGGCAUUCCAUGACCUGUCUUCAGCCGAGGCCGUUCGCCUCUUUCCAGAAAAUUUCCACCAAAAUCUCAAAAACCUUUUGACAAAAAUCAUCCUAGAACAUGUAUCUUCUUGGAGAACUGAAGCCCAAGCAAAUCAGAUCUCUCUGCCACGCCUGGUUGACCUGGACUGGAGAGUGGAUAUCAAAACCUCCUCAGACAGCAUCAGCCGUAUGGCUGUCCCCACCUGCCUACUCCAGAUGAAGAUCCAAGAGGACCCCAGUUUGUGUGGGGACAAACCCUCCAUCUCUGCAGUGACUGUGGAGUUAAGCAAAGAAACGCUGGACACCAUGUUGGAUGGGCUGGGCCGCAUCCGAGACCAGCUUUCUGCUGUAGCUAAUAAAUGAGCUGACCCACUGCUGUUGCCACUGCCAUGCCCCAGCUAUUAUUCUGCAGUGUUCACCUCUCACCACACAGGCUGCUGUGCACCUUGCUGGAUCCAGAGGCACAGGUGAAUUGGGAGGAAGCAGCCAGGCCUCUUGCUGUUCUCAUCCUCUUUUUCCUCUUUCUGACCACAGAAGCCUCCAUCUUUGAAAGAUCCCUGUAUGGGACUGCUGUGGCAGUGUGAGGGAACAUGUACUCCUCAGUGGCCUCUGCAUGGUCAUUUGAGAAACUCAGGCCAAACUGUGGAGCUUACGUAAUAAGUUCAUUUACGGCAUUAGCCUGAUGAGUUCAUUUCCAGCCCUGGAUCACACAGAAGGAAUCACAUGGGUGAUGCCAGCAGCACUUGAAUCUCUAUCAGAAAAGCCAAAUAAAUCCACAGAGCUGGGCCAUCACAGCACAGGCCCUCCAGAUAGUUCCCUGAGCCCCCUGGGUCCUAUUCAGGAAGUCUGAUGCACAUACUGUUUCUUACCACUCCUGGGUGAGGAAGUGGGAACAGUUGGAAAUAAAUACCAGUUUUAUGAUUCUAGUCAUGAUUCUUUUCACAUUAAUUGUUGCAUUCAGUCAGUGCUGCCUCUUACUCUUGAAUUUGAGCCCAAUUUCCUAAUACCCAGCUAAACCCACAACUGCUGGUGUGACAUAAAACCAGGCAUAAGAACCUCACCAUCUUUACUGAUGUAGAAUAGAAACCCUAUUGACAGUCAGUAUGCACAUAUUACGAAAGGCAUGAUGAAAGCACUCCUUAGCAUUUAGCCACAUGAGGUCAUCUCAGUCCUAUGCCUUACAUAUCAUAGAAACCCCAUGUGUGAAGACCUUUUCUCCUUAAUU